GGAAUAUUACGUCAUAGUUACAAAGGGUGUGGAGAUCUCGAGUUAUGAGAACACGGAGACAUUCACAGAAACCGAGGAAUGGAGGAAGCAGGAGUGUGUGUGAGCUCUCAGAAGAUUAUGCAGCUGAAAAUUGACUCCCAGUCCGGAUAUCCUGCGAAAACAAAAUUAGUAUCCUACACAAACAUGGAUGAUCACCUAGCUUUCUUCUGAUAUGAUAUCAAAGCCAUGGGGUUUACUAAAUUCCGGUGGAUCUGCACUUUAAUUGGACUGAUCUUCUCGGUGGUGGAUAUCGCAUCUGAUAUACUGCUGAGCUUGCAGUAUUUCAGGGAAGGACACUACACCUGGUUUGCACUGACACUCUUAUUUGUUCUCGUCGGAUCACUGUGCACACAGAUUUUCAGCUACUGCUGGUUUAGGGAAGAUUGUAAUGGUGAGGAGGGGACAGAAUCGCUCACGACUAGUAUCGGCUUGCUCCAUCUGUUACACUUGGGCUUCUUCACCAGGUAUUAUGAUCUGCUGAAGAAGAGCUUUAGUUGUGUAUGGAGGGCACAUGUGGACAUGAGUACUGACAAGCUGUUUGGUUUUGCGGCUGAUCUGAGCAUGUUGCGGCUGAUGGAGACAUUUCUGGAGAGCGUUCCUCAGCUCCUCCUGCAGGCAUACAUCAUGCUGGAGCACCAACAUACCUCCAAGCUACAGUAUCUUAGCAUGGCCGUGUCCUUCCUAAAUGUAGCCUGGAGCACAGUGGACUACUGGCGCUGUUUACGCAGAUCGCUCCCCAACAUAGAUGAAAUGCCUGGUGGAAUUCCUACAGCCGUCUACCUGCUUUAUAAAACCUUAACCAUCACCGCCCGCAUUCUGAGUCUCGCGCUGAUCAUCAUGCUGAGCCCCUGGAAUAUCCUGGUGUUAGGUUCCCUAUGGCUAGCAGGGACUGUAUGGGCUCAUAUGGUAAAAACUGAUUUCUGCACGUUCUGGUGUUUGGAGGAACUUUAUCGCACUGUAGUUGGGGUCAUUCUUGUUUUCACCUUUUUCAACAUUAAAGGAAAGAAAACCAAAAAAGAGAUGAGCAUAUAUUACACUUUCAGCACACUGCAUAACUUCUCAGCUCCCCUUUUUCUGUUCCUGUUCCUACCGAGGACUGUGGAAUCAGACUUCUUUUUACCAGUUACAGCUUUCAUAUUAACGUCUAAUACAAUGGGACUGGUAUUUCUGAUCCUCUACUACAGCGCUUUACACCCAGGAAAUCAAGUCGAGUCAGAUGCAGUGGAUGGAAUGGCCACAUUGAACACAAAUAAUUCCUCUACUAAGAGUCGUUUUGACAGAUUUCUGAGACUCUAACACCUCACAACCUGAGGAUUUAUGACAAAGCUGUGUUUAAAGCCUCAGGGAAGCUAAAUUUGUCGUUGUUUUAUCUUAGACUGUGUACAAACUCUUACCGGAAGUACUCUACUUUACAUGUGAAGCUGCUGGAGUCGCCCUCAGAGCUUUUAUCAAAAAUGCACAUUCCCUUUAAGCUGUUUUUGAACGUGUUUGUGUUUGAGUCUAGUGAGCAAAGCUAAUCUAGUAAAAACUAGAACAAAGCUAGCAAGCGAAAACUAAUUUAGUUCAUAAGCACAAAUGUAGCAAGCAAAAGCAAACUAGUGAGCAAAAGCUACUUAUGCAACUUCAGAAGCAAAAGCAAACGUGUUGAAUGAAAGCAAGGGGAGUACACAAAGGCAAAAUAUCAAGCAAAAGCAAACUGAAAUAAAGCUAUCCUCUUGAAUGCUGAGGCAUAAUAGAGCUAGCAAGUGAAAACUAACCUAGCAAGUAAGAACAAAAAUAGCAAACAAAAGCAAACAAGUGAACCAAAGCUACCUCUGCAAGGUAAAGAUCCUUGGAGAAACCUCAGAAGCAAAAAAAAAAGGGCAAAAUAGCCAGCAAAAGCUGACUUUGUGAGUAAAAGCUAACCUCUUGAGUGUUAAUGAAUAAUAAUGUUGGUUUGAGUGUUGCUAAAGAACUAUUUACAGCUGUUUGUGGAAACUGUUUCUGCUGAUUUUGUAACCCAGAUAAAAGACUGAAAGACUUUACUUAAAUCUGAACCUGAUCACUAACACACAUUUAUUGGUGUUGUAAUAGUAAUAGCUGAAAAAAAGAUUUUUUUAAAUCUAACAUUUUGAACUAAUUCAGAAGAAUAAUUCUGUUAAAUAAAUCUGUUUAGCUCAUAUGAUAACAGGGAUAAAUGUAUUUAUUUUUACAUGGUGCGCUCUUGAUAUUAAAUGAAUAUAAUACAAGUCAACCUUUCUAAUUAUCUAAUAUUUUAUUUGUUAAAUAUCUUGCUAAAUUUCUAGUGAGAAGAAGCCGCUUUGUAACUGUCCAACGUUGAUAACCGGGAAAAAACACCAGAUGGUGCUGUGUUUCAAAAAUAAAUCUUGAAGAAUAUUAAAGAAGAUUAAAUGAAUAUUAAAACUAUGGAUAAACAUUUUAAAUGCAUUUGCAUAGAGAUAUUUUAUAAUACAGUUUAUUAACUGUUCUUAAUCUUCCUAAUUCACUCAUAACAUUGGUUUAGAGCAGCGGUGCCCAGUGUGGGUGCAGGAUUUCAUUCCACUCAGACAGGAGUGUAGCUUCUUCUGACUGGAAUGAAAAGCUGGUCUUUUCCGGAUAAAACUGGACACUCCUGGAUUAGACACUUUCUGUUCCGUAGCGUUAUUUUGAUAUGAAUACAUUUGUUUUUUAAUAGUAAAUGUAAAACAAACAACAUUUUCAUUAAAUAAAAUUUCAAAUAAAAAAUUAUUUAUUUUACUUAAUUAAAAAAGUUUAAUAUGUCUGCAAAUUCUCCAGUAUUUUGCAGUCUUUAAACAUUCUGAUAAUUUGACCUUCAGCCCUUUUGAAAUCCCUGAACUUUAUUGUGUCUGUGUAUAUCACCAACAUGCCUUGUGUAUAUACUCAAUUUGCAGAGUUUGUUAAUAGUGAAUUUGAUACACAGCAUUUAAUGAAUCUCAGGAGACGCUUGGCAUUAGAGAUACCAAUCAGCCUUCAAUGCAUUCAUGUCUUUGUACUGGGGAAGAAAGCAAGAGGACCAAGAGGAAACCCCUGAUGAACACAGAAGAACAUGCAUAUUUUGUGCACUCAGAAAGGAGGCGGGAGUCAAACCCCAAACCUUGGAGAUAUUACUCAGCAAGUCAGCAUACAUGUAAAUUUGAUUGUACAAUACUGAACAAGUCUUUUAACAAAUCUUUAUUAUCCACAGCAAUACCCAGACUUCACAAUCUCUCAGCAUGUUUCUGAAUAAAGAAAGAAAAAAGCCUAUUUAACCUUUGAACCCAGUAAUCCCUGGAUUCAGUGAGUGUGUCUUUGAGAGAGGCUGGGUCAUCACAUGCAGGGCUCAAAACAUAAACCCAGCUAAUUCUGUUUUGACUAGACAUUAGGGAAGGGUGUAAUCCUCAAAUAGAGAAGGGGAGGAUAGAUGUGGUGGAUAGAAAACAGACUAAAAGAGAGAGAUUCUGAUGUUAACAGCAUUCAAAUGUAUACUGUAUACUUUAAUAUUUCUCUGUAUGUGCUUCAAGUCAAGAAUGCUUCCUACAUUACCUGGAAUAAACCCCUGGCGGAGGCGGCAA